CUGGGGAGAGGCAAUGCCCCUCAGAGACCGAUUAAACACUUUUAGACUGAGGCACAUGCGGACAUUUAAUGGACUUUCAGGGGUCUUCGUUCAGAUUACUUUGCGACGGGUAAACAAAUGCGUUUUUCAACCUCUUCUUUAACUUUGUUGCUGUCUUUUUAAUCUUUUUAACAGCUUUUAAUGAAAAGUGUUCAAAACAAUAUUUAAUUACCGGUUCAUACAAACGAUGGAAACGAGACGUAUAGUUUAUUUGCUCGUUCUCCUGACGGCACACUUCGUGUCGAUAUGGGCACAAGAGAGGACUUCUGAUCAGAGGCAACUUUCCUCGGGACACAUGUCUCCAACCCUCAAAUCUGCCGUUGGGAAAGACAUCUUAUUGAAACGCAAUGUGUCCAUGACUCGACGGACAAGAGUGGUGCCGCCAAUGUGCGCCGGACCCACAGAAAUACGGGAUACUUUCAAGUAUAUUAACACGGUGGUUUCAUGCCUAGUCUUUGUGGUUGGGAUAAUCGGAAAUGCUACACUGCUCAGAAUCAUUUAUAAGAAUAAAUGCAUGCGGAACGGCCCUAAUAUCCUCAUCACCAGUCUUGCGCUCGGGGACCUGCUGCACAUCGUCAUUGACAUUCCCAUCAGCGUGUAUAAGCUUCUGGCUGAAGAUUGGCCAUUUGGUGUUGGACUUUGCAAACUGGUUCCCUUUAUACAGAAGGCAUCAGUUGGCAUCACAGUGCUGAGUUUGUGUGCACUGAGUAUAGACAGGUAUCGAGCAGUAGCAUCAUGGAACCGCAUCAAAGGCAUCGGUGUACCCAAAUGGACAGCCAUUAAAAUUAUUGUGAUAUGGGUGCUGUCCAUCCUACUUGCGGCACCAGAGGCCAUUGCCUUUGACAUGAUCACGAUGGACUACAAAGGAGAGCAUCUUAGGAUCUGCUUGCUCCAUCCCAUGCAGAAAACCAGGUUCAUGCAGUUUUAUAAGUCAGUCAAAGACUGGUGGCUUUUUAGUUUCUACUUCUGCUUACCGUUGGCCUGUACUGCCUUAUUCUACACUCUCAUGACCUGUGAAAUGCUCCGAAAGAAGAACGGGCUUAAAAUUGCACUGAAUGAUCAGUUGAAACAGAGGCGUGAGGUGGCUAAAACCGUGUUCUGUCUGGUGCUGGUGUUUUCACUGUGCUGGCUUCCACUUCACCUCAGUCGAAUUCUUAAGAUGACCACUUAUGAUGAAAAGGACCCCAACCGCUGCGAGCUCUUGAGCUUCCUCCUUGUUCUUGAUUAUAUUGGGAUCAACAUGGCAUCAGUGAACUCCUGCAUCAACCCAAUCGCAUUGUACAUGGUUAGCAAGCGAUUCAAGAACUGCUUCAGGUCCUGUCUGUGUUGCUGGUGCGUGACUCCUGACAUGUUAGCCAUGGAUGACAAGCAGUCCUGCGUGAAGCUGAGGGUGACGGAGCGAGGAUCUGAUCAAAGCAACAGUCAUGCCACAAACAAGUACACAUCAGCUUAAAACCCCCAAACUGAUCUGAGUACAGGCAUGAGCAGUCCGUUUACUGCAUUUAAAUGUUAAUAGUUAAAAUGCCAAAAAGUUGUAUUCUCCAAACGUUCAUAUUAGAGGAAUUGUGAUGAGACUACAUGUGGCGUAACACAGCUUAAUUUGCAUGACCAAAUGUUCAUUGAAUGGAAGCCUGCGCUUUCAGAAGUCCUCAUGAAUCCUCAUAACCAUCGCUGGGCUUGUGAGUGUAUGGAUUGAUCUUGCGCUAUAUUUCUGCUCAUUUUAAAGUCAACAAACUAUAUCCGAUUGCUCUUUUAAUACCAGACAAUACUAUGUACUAUUACUAAACGUUACACAUGAAAUAAGAGUUUAUAUCAUUGGGUGAUUUUCUGUGGAUCAGCUCCGUCUCUUUUAAGAUCGUGUAUUUGUCAAUGUUUGUCAAACUUGUACAUGCUUUCAAGAUUUUGCAAAUGCUGUUUGCAUUCAGAGGAUCAGGACAUUCUUGAGAACAGAGGGUCUUUAUACAAGUUAGAGGUAGUUUUAUGAUCACUUCCCACAUGCCCCAAGGCCUCAAACGCAUCAGAGAUAACUUAAUCAUGUGUGUGCUCAUGUGUGUGUGCUGUAGAAAUCUCCACACAUUGUUUCUAUUGUCCUUUCUGUAUUUCCUGGAAGCACACAUUAUUUUGUAUCUGUAAUGUAUGAAGCAUCUUAUUUGUAUUCUAUA